AUGCCGGCGAUCGUUUUAUUAAAUCCGGAAGAUAUAGGUAGUUUGGCUCGUGUACUAGACACUUCGGAUAACAGCGAUGAAGCAGUCUAUUGGCGUGAACGAACCUUUAUAGUUAAAAUAGAAGAUGAUGAAUAUAUUUGUAAACCAAAAAUUAUUCAACAAUUUGAUGAAUCCGACGACGUCUAUGAUAGCAUUGCUGAUAUACCAGAAGCUGCUAAUCAUAGUAGACAAUGGCGUAAACAACAUGGUAUAAUAUCUGAUGAUAAUUCUGAAAUUGCUAGUUCUGAUGAACAAGAUGUUGAAGCUGAAGAUACAAUUGUUAAUGGAACUUCAGAAUCGAUUGAGUUCGAAGAAUGGCUUCAAACUGAAAACAAAACAGCUAGUAAGACAAGAGCAUUGUCAACAACAUCAUUGUCAUCAACAACACCAUCAUCAAUACCAUCAUUAUCAGUUUCUGGAUGCUCUUCAUCGAUUACAGUUAUGGACGAGUUUGGAGAUGUCGUUGAAGAUGAAGAGUUGGCUAUAGCAAUCGUAGCCGAGAAAGAAGCAGCAGUGAGAGCUAAGAUGGCCAUGGAAAUGGCUCUUCAAGCUGCGAAAGAAGCUGAAGAAAUAUAUAAAAAAGUCAGCAUGCUUAGAGCUAAAAAGCCUACGAAAAAGACAGUCGUACCACAAAUUGAUGAAAUUUACACGUACGAAACAGCAUAUGAGCCGAUGCUAACAACAAUCAGUAAUACUCCUCAAACAAUGUCAACGUUAGCAGACAUCGAAAUAAUAAUUGACGAUAUAGUUGUAGUUAUAGAAACAUUAGAUUCUGCUGUAAACCUCAGCAUAGCUACAAUUGAUACGGUUGACGCCAUUGUUGAAGUAGUUAGUCUUGUACAUAAUUAA